GAUGUACAGUACCUUCAAUGUCACAUUUGUUGUGUGUAAAGUAGCUACCUGUCUUGCAGCUAACUUGUCGCAAACAUGUAUAAAUUAAACUGUAUAUUAGUUAGUUCUGUGAGUACCGUAUGCCGACAGCUUGCUGCCUCCGUAAAUGCAAGUGGAAGUUCCCUAUGUGGAGGCACUGCCUUGCAGCGGACCGUUUGUUCCAGUGCCGUCAGACUUCAGGAGGCAGCUUCCAGCACAGAGGCCAGGAAAACCUCCUCCAAAGACUUCAGCAUCUUCCCCCCGAUGCCGGGCUAUGACUCGUCCCUGAGAUGGGGGGGCAAGAAGUUCGAAGAGUUACCCAUCGUUCACGUAAAAGCGACGUACAACAACACACACAUCCAGCUGACGGAGAGCGGGGGUCAGUCUCUGGUCCGGACGUCCUGCGGCACCGAAGGCUUUAAGAACAUCAAGAAGUCCACGCCGGUCGCUGCUCAGACCACGGGAAUCUCUGCUGCUACCGAGUCUCACUGA